UGUACGUAUAGACAGUCGAAGCAGACGAUAUUGCAUCAUUCGCAGCAUCAGCAUGACCAUAACAUUUUCUGUCGCUCUUGAAACCGCCUGUUCUUAAGUGGAACAAUCAGUCAGUGGUCGAAAACCUGACACAAAUGCACAAGCUCUUAAAGUUUAUGUGACAGUGUUCAUCUAUGUUCUUGAAAUUAUCUUGCUAAAUAUCAACAAUGAAUCGACAGCAUAUUUUGAACUGUAGUUUUUCUUCAUGGUACGCUAACUUCGUGGAACAUACGAUUGAGAGUGAAGUUAUCAAGCUGCCACAAUCCUUUGUCAACUAUUUACUGGAAGAUGGGAUCUAUCUUCCUCUGAGUAAAGAUGAGAUAGCAGAACAGAAUAUCCAGGAUGUGGGCUCAUCCAAGGUACGUCCUUCCUUUCCCGAUCUACAAGCUAAAGUAGAGAGAGCAAUAAAUCAACUUGGAGGUGAGGUUUUCCCAAAGCUGAACUGGAGUGCACCAAGGGAUGCUUCCUGGAUUGCCUGUGGUAACUCACUGAAAUGCCACACUUUCAAUGAUAUAAUCCUGCUCCUCAAAAGCUCCAACUUUAUUUCUCAUGAUCUUACCGAACCAUUUACGUUAUGUGAUGAAACUGAACAAGCUGGACAAGUGCAAUACGAGUUGGUGCUUAGAAGAUGGACAGAAAUACCUCCCUCAAUGGAAUUCCGUGUAUUUGUUGGAAAUCAAGAAGUGAUAGCAAUCUCUCAACGUGACUGUUCAAGUUUCUUUCCCUGCGUACCUCCAUUAGUAGAUGACAUCACAUAUGAGAUUAACAACUUCCAUGACAGAUACGUAGCUGGCUUAUUCAAAGAACAACAUUAUGUCUUAGAUGUAUUCCGCAAAGACAAGGCUGAAUUUUUAAUUGUAGAUUUCAACCCGUUCAAUGAGGUGACUGAUUCCUCCCUGUUCACGUGGACUGAGCUGUACAGGAUGAGAGAUGGGGAUGAGGAAUGUGACUUGAGAUGUAUCAAGGAGGAGGCCGGUGUACAACCAAGCCCUUAUCUAGCUUACUCCAUGCCAUCGGACUUCUUAGAUCUAAGAUCGGGGACAGAUGCCAACAAGCUUGUUGACUUCUUGAAAAUGGAGGUCCAGAGACAAGAUGACUCAGUAGAUGAUGAUGAGAGGUGAUGAUAUCUCACCGUGAUAGGCCAAUGAUCUUCAGAACUCUCUUUCUCUCUCUCUUUCUCUCUCUCUCUCCCUCCCUCCCUCCCUCCUUCCCUCCCCCUCCCCUUCC